AUCUGUUGCUUUGGGGAGUCUUACCAGAGAUGUUACAUUCUGUGUGUGAAUCUGAGAAGUCAGUUUGGAAUUUAACAGUUUGUUGGAUUGGCCGAAACAAACCCAGACCCAACUGCAGUCCAUACCAGCUGACACUAAAGAGAUUCCUCUCAUUAAGGAACUCCCUGAAGAACUGGAAUUCAGAACGAAUCUCUCAGACACAGACCUCCAUCCCCUCCCUGCCUCAAAAGGGCAGCCUUUUCAGGCUGUCUCUGCUCAGAAUGCCAGGAAAGGCCACAGUCUUGGCCUACCAUGCUCCCAAAGAACAAGAAGGACUUAUAACUGUGAAGGUUGAAGAAGAGAAUUCUGUUUGGGGACAGGACUUUGGCCUUCAGGGAAACGCCUGUAGCCAGGAGACCUCCCGCCAGCGGUUCAGGCAGUUUGGCUACUCUGACCCUGCUGGGCUCCGGGAGCUUUGCUGUCAGUGGCUGAGGCCGGAGGUGUACACCAAGAAGCAGAUCCUGGAGUUGCUGGUGCUGGAGCAGUUCCUGGCCAUCCUGCCAGAGGAGCUGCAGGCCUGGCUGUGAGUGCACCAACCAAAGAAUGGAGAGGAAGCUGUGACUAUGCUGGGGGAGCUGGAGAAAGGGUUCCAUGAACCAAGGCAGCAGGACACAGCUCAUAGCCAGGGAAUGAUCUGGAAGGAAAUGACAUCCAUGGGAGCACUGAAGUCUCUGAGAAUCCAGCUCCAGCCCUUGGAGAAUCAGUGUACGAGGGAGUCCCAGGCUUUUCAUGAGAGAGGUGGCAAGCUGGUGGUAGACAAAGUAUUGACAACAAAGCAAUAAAUUAUUGACUGUAUAGCAUCAGCGGCCAUACUAUCGCCAGGAGGUCUCCCUGGGGAAACUCCUUCAGGACAGAUAAUUGAAGAAGGUUUGGGGGGUCUGGAAAACUUUAAGAAGCCAAAAGGAAAUGCUGCAAGGAAUAAAAUGAUCGGCCGGCCCUCCCAGAAAAGGCAUUUUAGUCUGGCAACGUUCAACAAGAAAAUCUCCACAGAAGAGAAUGUCCUUGAAUGUGAUGAAAGUGAGGGAAGGUUUAGUCUGACCUCGAAUGUUAUAACGCAACAGAGAAUUCACACUGGGGGAAAGCUCUAUGCGUGCUUUGGCUGUGGAAAAGCCUUUUGCCAGAGCUCAAAGCUGAUUAGACAUCAGAGAAUUCAUACUGUAGAGAGACCUUAUGCAUGUAAAGAAUGUGGCAGAGCCUUGAAGUUGAACUCAGACCUUGAUAGACAUCAGAGAAUUCAUAGUGGAGAAAAACGCUAUGAAUGCUGUGAAUUUGGAAAAGUUUUCAGGGGCAGCUCAGAGCUCAUCAGGCAUCGGAGAAUUCACACUGGAGAGAAAGGCUAUGAAUGUGUUGAAUGUGGUAAAGCUUUUGGUAGAAGUUCUAUCUUUAUUGAACAUCAAAGAAUUCACACUGGAGAGAAACCUUAUGAAUGUCAUGAAUGUGGGAAAUCCUUCAAUCAGAGCUCAGCCCUCACCCAGCACCAGAGAAUCCACACUUGGGAGAAGCCUGAUGAAUGUAGUGAAUGCAGGAAAACAUUUAGGCAUAGGUCAGGCCUUAGGCAGCAUCAGAGAACUCACACCAGAGUUUAACUCUGUGGGUAAGAGUUGUGCAAUUGUAAAAUAUAAGGAAUUCACUUUGGUUUGAGACGCUACAGAAGUUCCCUAAGAGCAGAGUUCCUGUCCUCCCAGCCCAGUCAAUACUUUAAGAGUAGAUCCACAUGAAGAUGAUUGUUAGAGUGUUGACUGGGAGCCUUCACAUAAGUCCAGGACUGGAGCAGAGGUCCUGGAAGGGCUCCUUGUGGGAUGGACCGUGAGGAGGUGCCUCUGAUGUCCAGCAUCCCUUCCCAGCAAGAGCAUUGGUGCAUCCGGCAGUUGGAGGCAUGUGCUGAGAGUUAUUCAGUUAUCUGAAGUGUUGAGUUGUGAGACUGUGAAGUGUUGAAUUAUGCCCUGGAUCAGGUUAGCAGCAGCUGGAGAAUGGUAGCUCAUUCUACCCUCUCGCCAGUUCUCUCCUCAGCCCUGAGCUUGCUGAGGCCAAUUGAGGUCUGCUUAUUUGUUGAGCACCUGCUAUGUGCCAGCUCUCAGGGGUAGACAUGGCUGUUGCCCUCCCAGAGUGAAGAGCUAAUGGGAUAUGCGUAUUUAUUAAACAGAUCAUUACAGUAAAGUGUGGUAAGUGCUUUGGUAGGAUAAAUCCAGGAUUCUGUUGAAAUACAGGGCAGGGGUACCUAACCUGGUCUAUGAGUCACUAAAGGCUUCCUGGGUGUGAAAAAAUCUCAGCUGAGACAUAAAAGGCAGGUAGAAGUUAGUCAGAGCAAGGUAAGAGGGACGUGAAGAAUAUUACAGGCAGAAUUACAGUUUGUACAACGGCAUGGAGAGGACCUGCGGACAUCCCUUCACCAGGACUCUUCUCUCUGAAGGGAUUGGUUCUUACAGACCCUGGUUCAGAAGCCAGGACAUGUGCUGGCUCCUCUCUUCGUAUUUAUUUUUUUUACUUAUUUUUAU